ACCUACUACUUUAAAUAUUUUGCUACAGAUAUUGAAUAUAUGCAUUUUUAUUGUUUAAUUGGAAUUGGAAAAUUUCCAACUUUUGUUAUAAAGUAGAUAUAUAAAGGAUUAAAGAUAUUGUAAAGGAAGAUAUUCAACAACUCGCUUCAAACUUAGUACCAGAUACAACUUACAAGACAAAAUGAAAUCCUUCAUUAUUUUCGCUUGUGUUUUAGUGGUGGCUAUGGCUAGCCAUUUACCAAACCUUCCCGAAGGCGAAAGAAUUAAACUAGCUAAAGUACAUGCUGACUGUCAAGCUGAUCCUAAAACCCAUGAAGAUGAAGAUAAGUUGAGAAACCUUCAGAAUAACAUUGAUGACCAUCAAGUAGGUGUUCACAUGUUCUGCAUGGCUGUAAAAGCUGGUUUAUUGAAGAGCAACGGAGACCUUGAUAUUCCUGCUAUUACCAGCAAAGUUUCCUUGGUGGUUAAAGAUCAUUCUAAGGUUGAUGGACUCGUCCAAAAAUGCGCCAAAAAAUCAGACAACUCUGGAAAAACCGCCAACUUGUUGUUCCUGUGCUUCGUUCAAAACGAUAUUCAAUAUUACCAUAAAUUGUAAAUUUGAUGUUAUACUAAAUUAAAGCUGUAAAUAAAUUAUAUUAAGUAAAAAAAUAUGUUUACGUUAAAA